AUGUCAAACCUGUGGAACUCUGCGAAGAUGAAGGGCUGCUUAAAGGCUUUGUCGAACGCAAGAGAGACAUGCCUGAGGAGGCUCGAGUUCCAUCACCACAUGGCGCUCCCUGCGCGCAGCGGUCCACAAAUCCAUCGUUCAUUACGCGCGUUGCUGUGGUAUGUGCUAUCGACCGGCAUCAUCCUUUAUCGCUCCACAGUCUGGCAAGACGUUCGUCUCAGCCCUCGCUGUCAGCUCUCUCCACGCUGUUGUCACAAUCAGUCCAAAACAAUGCGCGUCUCGCACGGGUUGAGCUUAACACGACUUCCAGAUUGGCGUCUUGAUGUAGAGAGUACAUAUUCUGGGGCUGUCGCUCAAGCGAAGCAUCAGGAGGAGUACGUGCUGGCUCACGAUCCACUCACGAUCCACACCGUCGAGUCUCGACCUUUUGGCUAA